AUGUCAUCGACCACUUCAUCCUGCCCUUCUAUGGCGUUUUACUUCUUCAAGUAUUUCCCUAGAAAUCGCCGACUCUCAUCAUUCGAGAAAGCGUUUUUCGACGAAUACUCCCGGUUCAUGGCUCAAAUGAUGAUCGAGAAGCAAGAAGAUUUCAAAUACUGGAGAUCAGUUGAGAGCUCUUCAGCAUCUUCUCCUAUCUGCACCUCUGAUUCUGGAUUCUCAUCUUCGAGAACUUCUGGCGUGACAACUCCAGUCAAUCUUGUGAAGAACCCUUUCUAUGAUCCGGAAUACGUCAAGCAGCACCAGUCAACAUCAUCUGGAUCUCCACUCUCCAAACCAGUGAAGCUCAUUGCAAACCCAUUCUACAAUCCAGCAUUGGUCAAGCAAAUGAUUUCUCAAUAA